AUGGGCGCAUUCUUCUCUCUCCUCUCGUCUCUCUUCGCAAUAUCAGGACCAGCUAGACUCUGGGUUCCAACUACACCAACAGAAUUCGACAUACUCGCAUCUUCCAGUACAGCAGCAAACGGUACAGUCCCGAACGGCGCGGACAAGGAGAAAGACAUCAUAGAAGGAACAGAAAGGACAGAGAAACUGUCUAUUGCAGCGUUUGUUAAGCAAGCCGUGCCCUCUCUGUUCGAGCCGUUCAAGCCUACAUGGUUCCUCAUCGGGGGACACCUGCAGACAGCCUACUGCGUCGUAGGCGACUUCACCAAAGUAAACCAAGUACACUAUACCCGUAAGAUCCUCACUGUCCCAGAGGGCGGCUCCAUCGCGAUCGACGUAGCGGGCUCGCCUUCCUUACCUCCUACAACACCUAUCUUGGUCGUGUGUCACGGAUUGGCCGGAGGGUCGCAUGAGAGCUAUGUGAGGGACGUACUGUCGGUCGUCACGAGGCCUAAAGAAGAAGGAGGGUGGGGCUGGAGGGGCGUGGUCUGCAACUUCCGGGGAUGCGGUGGGUCGAAGCUCACCUCCUCCCAACUGUACUCCGCUGGGUAUACGAACGACCUCCGCACGGCCCUUCUCUACCUCUCCGUCCGUUUCCCAGGCGCGCCAAUGGUCGGGAGUGGCUUCUCACUAGGAGCGUGCGUGCUCACACGCUACUUGGGAGAAGAAGGGGAGCGCAGUCGGUUAAAAGCAGGGAUGACGCUCGGCUGUCCUUGGGACUUGUACAAGAACUCUCAGAGGUUGGAAGGAAACUGGUUCUACAGGAACACGUACAGCAAAGCCAUGGGCACCAACCUCCGCUUGGUCAUCAAACCCCACCUGUCGGAAAUCCUAGCUCACCCCCUGGGGCAGAGUAUCAAGCCCGACAUUGAUGCGCUCUACCGGAUCCGCUCGCCUUCUCUCAAAACCGUGGACACCUUUGUGACUAGACACCUCGGUGGCCCGAGCCCGCCAUUCCCCUUCCCCAGCGCGGACGCAUACUACAAAUGGGCCUCAUGCCACCGUUCCCUCUCGUCCAUCCGCGUACCCUACCUAGGCGUGAACGCAGAUGACGACCCGAUCAUCAUGGGCCAUAAACUACCCCUGGAAGAGACGCAAGCCAGUAGCUGGUGCGCGCUGGCCGUGACGAGGGGUGGUGGGCAUCUAGGUUGGUUCACAGGGGGCGGCAGUCCCCCUAAACGGUGGAUCCGCACCCCUAUCCUCCAAUUCGUCCGCGCCGCUAUGGAAGACUACGUCCCUCCCUCAGGGAGGAGCACCUUCGGCUGGGGAAAGAAAGACGGCUGGGUGUACCAGGUGGACGAUGCUGGCUUGAGAGGGGAGGUCGUGAUUGGAUACAGGGAGGAAGAGGGAGAGGAGGGGAUCGAGGGUGCUGAGGAGCUGGCUGGGGGGAAGCUUGCGGGUUUGUAGGCUG